UCAGGAAGAGAGACUCAGAUGAGCGUUGUCACUGAGAACAGAAAUGGCGCAGAAAGGACUUCACCUGGACAUGGAAAAUUUCUCCUGUUCCAUCUGUCUGGAUCUAUUGAAGGAGCCGGUGACUACUCCCUGUGGACACAACUACUGCAUGAACUGUAUUAAAAGCCACUGGGAUGGAGAGGAUCAUAAGAACAUCCACAGCUGUCCUCAGUGCAGGCAGAUGUUCACACCGAGGCCUGUCCUGCUGAAAAACACCAUGUUAGCAGAUUUAGUGGAGGAGCUGAAGAAGACUGGACUCCAAGCUGCUCCUGCUGAUCACUGCUAUGCUGGAGCUGAAGAUGUGGUCUGUGAUUUCUGCACUGGGAGAAAACUGAAAGCACACAAGUCCUGUUUGAUGUGUCUGAUGUCUUACUGUGAUAAACACCUCCAGCCUCAUUAUGAUGUUCCUCAACUAAAGAAACACAAGCUGGUGGAGCCCUCCAAGAAGCUCCAGGAGAACAUCUGCUCUCAUCAUGAUGAGGUGAUGAAGAUUUUCUGCCGUACUGAUCAGCAGCUUAUCUGUUAUCUCUGCUUAAUGGAUGAACAUAAAGGCCACGACACAGUUCCAGCUGCAGCAGAAAGGACUGAGAGGCAGAAAAAGCUCAAGGGGAGUCCACUAAAGAUCCAGCAGAGAAUCCAGGACAGAGAGAAAGAUGUGAAGCUGCUUCAACAGCAGGUGGAGGCCAUGAAUCUCUCUGCUGAUAAAGCAGUGGAGGACAGCGAGAAGAUCUUCACUGAGCUAAUCCGUCUCAUGGAGAAAAGAAGCUCUGAUGUGAAGCAGCAGGUCAGAUCCCAGCAGGAAAGAGAAGUGAGUCGAGUCAAAGACCUUCAGGAGAAGCUGGAGCAGGAGAUCACUGAGCUGAAGAAGCUCUCACACACAGAGGAUCACAACCAGUUUCUAAAUAACUACCCCUCACCGUCACCACUCAGCCAAUCAGCAUCCAGCAUCGAUGUCCGUCCUCUGAGCUGCUUUGAGGACGUGAUAGCGGCCGUGUCAGAAGUCAGAGAUAAACUACAGGAUGUCCUGAGAGAGAAGUGGACAAACUGCUCACUGACAGGGACUGAGGUGGACGUUUUAGUGCCACAACCAGAGCCCAAAACCAGAGCUGACUUCUUAAAAUAUUCACGUGACAUCACACUGGAUCCAAACACUGCAAACACACAUCUGUUAUUAUCUGAUGGGAACAGGAAAGCAACAUAUAUGAGACAACAUCAGCUUUAUUCUAGUCACCCAGACAGAUUCACUGUAUGGCCUCAGGUCCUGAGUAGAGAGGGUCUGACUGGACGUGGUUACUGGGAGGUGGAGAGGAGAGGGGAAGGAGUACAUGUAGCAGUCGCAUACAAGAAUAUCAGCAGAGCAGGGGAGGAUUGUGGAUUUGGAGAAAAUGACAAAUCUUGGGCAUUUGAUUGUGAGAAUAAUAGUCAUUCAUUUUGGUACAACAAUGUCCAAACUCCCAUCUCAGGUCCUGUGUCCUCCAGAGUAGGAGUGUACCUGGAUCACAGUGCAGGUAUUCUGUCCUUCUACAGCGUCUCUGAAACCAUGACUCUCCUCCACAGAGUCCAGACCACAUUCACUCAGCCGCUCUAUGCGGGACUUUAUCUUUAUUAUGGACACACAGCUGAGUUUUGUAAACUGAAAUAGACAGAAGUCAUUUAAGGGUUAAUCUCUGUGUUUUAACUCUUCAACUUAUUCAGUCUCCAUGUUUGUUGCUGAGAGCUGAUUGGUGUGGCAUUUCUUCACUGCACAGAAAUCAGCUGUCAGUCAAACAUUAUGGGAUGUCCUUUGACAUCUUGUCAUUAGUUGUUGUGUAAAUGUUUGAGAUUCUUUAGGUGAUGCUUCUUCCUGUGUCUGUUUAGCCACGGAGGCUAUCACUGCUCAUGAUGAUGUUUGUUGACCUGAACUGAGAAUGAAAACUUCUUUGCUCUCUAAAUGUUUGAUUAAUAUUUGUAUCGAUGUAUUUGUAUGUUGUUGUUUCUCUUCCACAUCAUGGGUCUGAAGAAA